CGAUAGUCCAUGUGAUUCAGUGUCACACGUGCUUUGUACACAGAAGUUGUGGGAGAUAUGUUGAUUGUUUAUGCGUAAAAGUGGAAUUGUUUUUAGAAUAUUGAGUCUUAAAAAUGUUUAGUAAUCAGAUGAGAUCCGUAUUUGUAGUUAAGAAUAUGAGAAAUACUUUAAAGACUAAAAAUCAAUGUUUUAUCAAUGCAAAAUAUUCAUAUGAGACUAAUAAAGAAAAUAUUGAUGAUGAAAAGUUAAAAACUGUUAGGAAUAGACCUUCUUAUAUCAGUGAAGAUUUGCUUGAACAUGAAAAAUAUAUAAAUAGACCAAAAAGUUUAACUACGAAAAAAAUUUCAAAGGUCGAUAUCAAAGGAGAAAUAAUAUACGGUUUACAUCCGGUACAACUUGCUCUUCAGUGCGGAAGACGCGCCAUCCACCAGUUAUACGUUCAAGAUAGAUUUAGAGAUUCCGAUGCUACCAUCAGAAAGAAAAUUAUCGAACUUGCACGUGAUCUCAAAAUACCUGUCAAAGAAGUUCAAAAACCCAUAUUACAACAAAUUAGUAAGAAUCAUGUUCAUCAGGGAGUGUGUCUCGAUGUGAGUGUGCUACAUACAGAAGAUAUAGAUAAAAGUGCUAUAGAAGAUACUGUGACAGAAAAUAAAAUGACGCCAAUUUGGUUGAUUUUGGAUUGUAUUCAAGAUCCUAUGAAUUUUGGAGCGGUUCUGAGAUCUUCAUAUUAUUUUGGAAUUGAUAAAGUAUGUGUUGUGAAAGGGAACAGUUGUAAACUUUCGCCUGUAGUUAGCAAAGCAAGUUCGGGUGCUUUAGAAGUGAUUCCAGUGUAUUCGAUAAACAAUCUUCCAGAAUUUUUACAAGAAAAGAAAGAUUCAAACUGGUAUAUUAUAGGAACUGCUUCAUACUCUGAUAAUAUUUGCUCCAAAUGUAUAGGAAUUCAUACAUUAAAAUUAAAUAAACCAACAAUUUUCAUAUUGGGAAAUGAAGGUGUAGGAAUGUCCGAGUGUGUGUACGAUUUAUGCGAUAACAUAGUAACAAUAUUACCCAGUGCUCAUUUGCAUCCUGGCAUUGAUUCCUUGAAUGUUUCUGUUGUCUGUGGUAAGCAAUGUUGUGUUAUUUUAUAAUCAAAUUAGUAUAUAUAUAUUUUUUUUUUUUUUUGAGUAUGCUUAUAUCUGAGCAACUUUGUUACAUGUUGUACAUGCUGAGUAGCAUCUAUACUAUACAUUUGUCUUUAGUCACAACCUCCGGUGACAGCCACUGACAGGAACACAACACAUGAACAUGGUUUGGAGGCAUUUCAAAAGAACAU